UAUCUUUCCGCUCUCUGGUGGCCCAUUCUCUUGUCGGAGCUGAGCAUUUGGUGCCCGAAUCUCUGCAUGAUUCUGUCCUGAGGAAUUCAACAACCGCGGCGCUGCUUUUCAAUCAAUUGACCCCACCCCUGGUGCAUGCGUUUGUCAUUAUUCUGACAUGUGGACUUUGAGAUGUAGUGCCGCGGCGCGUACGAUCGAAAACGGGAGAGCCUUUUCCGUUUGCUGCAAGCAAUCAGGCGACCGUGACUCAUCGAUCAAAUCCUUUAGGCUGAUGUCUGCAAAGUUUGGGUCCAAAAUAACACAAAAGUGUUGUCGUGUCCACAUGAGCAAACUAAAUCCAGAUAGACUGACCCAUAGGCGCCGCAAAUACCGUCAUUUCUGCCAAGAAGGAUCCCCCACUUCAACUCCUUUCUGCCCCAGACUAUUGCCGACUACGCUAUGUCAAGACUCAGUCAUAGGACGAGACAAAGUGGCCAGAGCUUCGAGAUGCGAUGCGAUUGUAACUGUAAUCGUCUUGUUCCCCAGUUCUUCUACCGCUAACCGGCAUCCGAGUCUGCACCCGACCAAUACGACACUAAGACAGCUCCAUGAACCAAGUGGGGAUUGGAAAGAAAGCCAGCGUCAUAUCCACCUCCGGCAUUCUUGCUCAACGCUGCUUGCUGUCGACCGAUAUCUCUGUCGGUAGUUUAAGCAUUCGAAUGGUCCCAUGGCCGCUGUGAGAGUGAGAAAACUC